GUUAGUUGAUUUGAUCCAACAGAAACAGAAAAAUACAAGCAAAUGGACGGGAAGGCAAGGCCGCCUUUCAGGAUCCUUCCCGAGUAGAACGGCGUCUAAACCCUCCUGCCCUUGGUCAGCAGCUGCAUAAGCGAAGCGACGACAAAACGAUUGACCACGCAAGGGAAAUUUCGAAGCACCCUCCACUGUUUGCUACUGCUCUAUACCUCCAUGCGGACGACCUUGACCGACCUGAAGCUCGGCGCGCCCGUAAUUUUACCUCUGUCGGGCUCUCACCUUUUAGGCGCGCCUAUCUCACGCCAUACCCUGGUCUUCCUGGCGCUUGAACGGGCCUCUUUUCCUGGCCGGCUUCAACCACACACCAAGGCACCUCCUACGCGAGGGGGAAAGCAUCUGAAUCUCUCGAAUGCUGACUGCACGUUCCAAAUCCCGUUGCCCAGCCGCCAAUCCAACUCGCCUGCAUUUUGUAUGAUGCACCAUGUCAGCCGCCGUAGCAUCUAGCUUCAAGGCUCAUAGGCGGCAGGUCUGGAAUUCCGUCUUUCCGGAGCCCUCGAACCCCACCCCACAAGCAACGCCAACGCCUAGGUUCCCCGACCAGGGACAGCCCUUUGGGGGAGCUGUUGGAGGUGUCACCGUUGACGCCUCUGCUGCUGCGGGGUCGGAAUCCUUUCCAGGCGCGCUCCAUGGCACCAGAGCUCAGAACCGAGCCGCCGGGAGCCGCAGGUCUCCACGCAGUCCAGCUCCCCCUCUUGGUCUUGGACUUGGCGGCGUCGACCUGGCCGGCCCCGACCUCAGGAGCGCUGCCGACGAUCAGAUCACCUACGAUCGGGCCUGGCACGUGGUGACCUCCCGCGUGGCCCUGCCCUCGACCGUGACGGCUGAGGAUUCGUUCGGUACCCUGCUCCCGGAGUCGCAGCUGCUCUCGUCCCAAGAUGCCGGCUCCGAGGCCGAGUUCCAGGCCGCCCUCCGGAUGGUGCUGGACGCCAGGGUCUCCCUGCCGCGGGCGAAUCAUACCGAGAACAUACUGCUGUGGCACUCGCAGCAGGUCCGGCAGCACUUUGCGCAGCAUGUCGUCCCGAUGCUGUCCGCCUGCGCCGCCCAUGAUACUCUUGGGCAAGGGCACAAGAUGCGCGGCUCGGUCUUUGACCAGCACAUGACCGCUGUCAUGAAUAGCGUCCGGACAUUGGAGGCUGCUUUCCGGCAGUACGACUACGGGCUGGCUCUCAUUCUCAGGGGCUAUCACGACCUGGGCUCACGGCGGGAUCAGGAGGCACAAGGUAUGGACGUGGAUAUGGAGGACGCUUCAGAAGGCGUCGAGGUGCUCGCGAGGCGUUUCCGCAAGGAUGUUCGCUCGCUGGUGGGGAAUUCGGUUCCGGAAGAUCUCAUCGCAUCGCUGCGUGUGGUGUUGACCUCGCUCGUAAGCCGCAUACUUGGAAUCUCAGGGGUGGAAAAUGACGGCGAUAGCGCAAAACCAUCGGCUUCUGGACCGGGGAGGCCAAGAAAACCGGUGGUCUCCUCCCGACGGCCCGCUGCGCCUAGGGACGACGACUUGGAACCCAUGGUGGCGAGGAAGCGUCUGCACGAGCUUGUCGGAUCGCUUGCCACCGUCGGCUUGACGGGAGAGCAGACUCAUGUGCUGUUUGCCGAAGUCAUGGACAAACUCAUGUCUGACUUUAUAUCUGGCGCUUUCGCCGGCACGUGGAUGUCAGAGGAUACCCCGGAUGAGCAGGAUCAUAGGCGGCGAGGCUAUCGAACAGCUACUGGAGUUGCCGAGAGGAACCCUACAUGCACUGCCAUUCUGGGACACUGGGUGGAGAAUCACUUUGCACGUCUUGCGUUGGAGGCCUUACGCUUGAUGGCCGAUGAGGAGGGUGAAGAGGAAGGUCCCAAACAGCCAACUGACGGACCAUGCGUCUCAUUCGCCGACGUCACCAAAUGGAAAGAGAUCGCUUUCGGCCGUCUCGCGGCGCUAAGGAUAUCAGAACUCUUCGAUAUCGUUCUACACUGGCCAAAGAGCAAGAGGGGUUUGGAUGAUCUACGUUCUAGCGUUGCAACGCCCCAGAGAAGGUUGCAGCUGAGCGAGUCCUUUUCGGCCGCACUGCAUGCCAGGCUGCUACAUUCAUCACGCUCGACGCUCGAGAUCCUGCGAGUCUACAUUGCCAUGAUUCGCACUUUCCACAUACUGGACCACUCCAAGGUCCUCUUGGGUCGCGUCGUCCCGUCUCUUCAGCUGUACCUGUGUCAACGCGAGGAUGCGAUCCGUCUUGUGGUUACUGGCCUCCUGGCGAAUCCGGAUGAGAUUAACGAACAGGAAGAAUUCGGGACCAGCGCAGGCUCCGGCCCAUUCAGCAAGGAUACAAGUAUCAUAGUGGGCGCCAAAGCAACCAGCCUUGUGGAGCUGGCUACGCUGUUAAAUGACCCAGCUCAGCAGAGACGAAGACGUUUUGAAGAUGAUGACAUUGACUGGAAUGACAUGGACUGGGUGCCGGACCCUGUUGACGCUGGAGUAAACUACAAACGACCAAAGUCAGAGGACGUCAUAGGUACUCUGAUCAGUGCCCUGGGCGCCGAGGAUGUCUUUAUCAACGAGUUUCAAAACAUAAUCGCCGAGCGACUCUUGUCGUCCCAGGAAAGGUUUGACCAGGAAAUCAAGGUUUUGCAGCUGCUGAAGAAGCGGUUCGGCGAAAGUGCGAUGCAGAGCUGCGACGUCAUGAUAAGGGACAUCAAGGACUCUAGUCGGUUGGAUCCAUAUGUCCGCCGAACUCAGUUCGUUGCCCAGUUCAGGACGCCCAGGGCCAAUGAUGCGUCCGCUCAGGAGCCGGCCGACCUUCGCUACACUGCACGCAUCCUCUCCCGGCUGUUCUGGCCCACUAUGAACAAGGAGCACUUCCUGCUCCCACAACCGAUAUUGGACAAGCAGAAACAUUACGAGAAGGGCUACGAACAGAUCAAAUCCUCACGCCGUCUCACAUGGCUCAACCACCUCGGACAGGCAACGGUAGACCUGGAGCUACAGGACCGCAGCGUGUCGGUGGUCUGUAGGACGUGGGAGGCUACAGUCAUCUACGCGUUCCAGGAAGACGAGGGUGAUGGGGGUGAGGUUCGCAAGUCGGUCGAAGAGCUCUACAUGACGCUACAAAUGGAUGAGGACCUGAUUAUACAGGCACUCGAAUUUUGGGUAGAACAGCGCGUUCUCAAGCGAGUCGGCGACGACGUUUUUGCCGUCAUGGAGACGCUCCCGGCCUCGGGAGAACAGCAGGAAGACGAAAGUGGAUCCGGCGCGGCAGCAACAGAGGGGCGCUCGCCCGGGACCGAGCAGACGCCGGCCGAGGCGGCAGCCGCUGCAGCGAUGCGCAGGAACCGCGCGGGAACGACGUCGGUCGAUGCCAAGGUGCAGCAGCAGCAGACGGUCUGCUGGCAGUUCAUCGUGGGCAUGUUGACCAACUCGGCGGCGUCGAUGCCGCUGGCUCAGAUCUCCAUGAUGAUGAAGAUGAUGAUGGCCGGAGGUUUCCCCUGGAGCAACGAGGAGCUGCAAGAGUUUCUGGCGCAAAAGGUGGCCGAGGGACAAAUGGAAGUCGUCGGUGGCAAAUACAAGCUUGUCAAGAAGUAGAGUAUCACUUUGGGCUGUUUAUUUUUUCCUGUCUUAUCCCAAGCAGGCUACUAAUACCGCACGUGUUCUGAGGGUGGCUGCGCUUGUCGAGGUGGAGAGUGGUAGCCUGACUGCCUUUAACGUAUGAUCUAGAUCAAAUGCCGACAAUGACUGUUUAUAUUCUUUUUUUAUCGGUGAAGAUCCCUUGGAUUCGGUCGGGCCUAUGAUGGUUUCCGGGGGAGGUGCAGACUUGUUUAGUUUUCACGGUCUGCUGAACCUGUAUUCAAAAUACAAGUGCUCGGCUCGUGAGAGCGUCGCACACAUCAACAAAAAAUUAUCGGCUCCCUAUUUGCCGCAGCUUUUUGUCCGGCCAUCGCUAGUUGACCGCCGGUGAUUGGUGUUCAAAGAGAUCACGCGAACUCGGCUAGGCGGUCUCCCCCUGGGCAGGGUCACGUACUUUCUGGGGGUCGGGUCUUGGAUUGCGGGCCAGGCUUUUUUGUUGUUUUUGCAGGUGUUCCCUUGUUGAGCAUUUUAACAAGCGCAGUAUUCACAGAUAAGAGAGGAGGGGUGGAAAAGGGGGAGAAAGAAAUGAAAGCCCAGGAAGACCAUCGUCAACAUUACGCAGCAUACAAUACUCCGUAGAUAAUACAACCCCGCAGUACUGUGUGUGUGUAUUCUCCAAAGUCAAUUUCAACAAGGGUACCUUAGUUAGAUAGGAGGGGGGAGAGAAGGGA